AUGACCAGGAUUUAUAUUCAAUACCUUGAAAACACUCCGGUAUCAUUAUUUACUCAAAAGUUGCCUGUCCCUGAAGGAGAAGAGCCUAAUAUUUCUGACUUGGUUGCAGCCAUCGUUGUCGAACCAACUAGAAGGCUUGCUGGUAUCCCAGAAGACUAUGGGCCAAUCACUCUACAUUAUGUGGUGGAUGGUCCAGCCAUUCCCGGGAAUACUCUGUUGACCUCCAUUCAGCAUCCAGUUGGUUCCUACGACCAACCACUUGUCAUCAAGUCAGGUAUUGUUCAUGGUCCUACCGUAGGAAUCAAUGACUUUGUCAGAAAAGGUAUACCAACGUAUUGGAAAGUUUCUGGCGCUCUCUCGGAUUCCUUAGCCGUAAAAGGUGUUCGUUCUCGUAUGUAUCGAAAUGCUGAUAACUAUCUUGGUUACUACGAAUCAGGGCAACCAGCUUUCUUUUAUGAGGAAAACAAACCCACUCUCAAAAUCAAUGUAUUAUUUAAAACAGAAGAAAACGCCCUUCGCUUCGAUAGUCACUUACGAAAUGAAUCGAUUACCAUCAACUCUCCUAUGAACAGCCUGACAAUUAAUUCCAGUGUUUCUACAACCUCAACCGCUCAGCUUGGAGAAAGAAUCUAUUAUAAGGAUUACAUCCCUACUGAUUCUGAAUCGCCACAAGACACUCAGUCUGUAAUAACCAUUCAGUUUUCAACCUUUGAAGAAACAAGCGACGAGUUCAAAUACCAAAGAAUCGAAAAAUUGUCAAUGUUUGGUUCGAUGGGGAAAGCAGAAAGCUGUCACUUGAUAUCUGCCUCUCAUUGUAGAAACUACCCCUCUUAUGAAAAAUACGACAAAAACCCAAACAAUAGGCUAGCAAUGUCAAGGGACCUUCACGGUUGGUUUGACGACUUAAGCACCGAGAUUCCGCUGUUCUAUUUGAAAAUCGUCUCCAUUUCUGAUUCGGUUAUUGUAGAAGACAGAUAUAAAGUCGUACUUGCGGUAGUAGCAUUGAAUCAAGAAUCGGCUGAUAUGAUAUUUUAUCGCUUGAUUGAAGGCUCGACAAAAACAGAUAACCCACUCAUAAUGAAUACUUCAGUUCAUGUGACUAACCCUACUAUAUUCCGGAAAUGUCUGGAAUGGAAAGAGAAGGAAACCAUGAAGAAGUGGAAUGAUUAUUAUUCAAUGGAUUCUGCGGUCCCGUAAACAAAAUUUCAAUAAAUACGAUUUCAUAAU